GCCUGUCUAUGACUUGCUGGUUGGGUGGGACCCCGCCGUCGGGUACUCGGCCCUCCUGGCCUGCUUGUUGGUGGCGGUGGUGGGAUGGCUGUUCCGUCUGGCUGAAAAGAGAUUCUGGAAACAGACUUGUUCCAAUGCUCCACAGUGCAACCCAGAGCCUGACUGGGAGGUGCGGCUAGGCAAGCAGAGUAUGGAAGAGAUUCUGACCAAUCUAAAGCUGUUGGACCCAGAUGAGCUGAGAGAGGAGAUACAGAAAGCUGGAUUGCACUGUGGGCCUAUUACUUCAACCACUCGAUCAACAUUUGAGAGAAAACUAGCUCGAACUUUACUGGAACAACAAGGUGUUAAUUUAGAGGCUUUAAAUUCAAAUGUGGGUACACCUGCUGCUGACUAUACUCAAAACACACAACGUUUCCAGGCGACUCAUUGCUCUGAAGAUCGGGAAUUUGGAUAUAAUGUCGGCUUAAACCCUCCUGUUGAGGAAGCUUCAUCAUUGCAUCACAAUGUAGCUUCUUUGAACCUAUUGGAUCGAGCUUGUGUUGCCAACCAGAUACAUUCUAAUGCUCCCCCUGUAUUUUAUGCUGUUUGUCCAUUGUAUGAAGACACUCUGACUAAAAAUGAAAAGAUACACAUUUAUAUGGACAAGAAAGAAGCGCUACAGGUUGUAAAAAUGCUGAAGGGGUCUCGGUUCAAGGCUUUCCAUUCCAGAGAUGAUGCUGAAAAAUUUGCUAAUGGAAUAUGUGACUACUAUUCUUCUCCCAGCAAAUCUUUACUGCCCUUAUCCCCUGUGAAGAUUUCUUCACCUCUUCUUAGAGAUGCAUACUCAACUGCAGAAACAGACUGUCUCAGCAAGGAGAAGGCAAACAGCUUCAAGAGUCCAAGAACUCAAGAUUUGACAGCAAAAUUAAGGAAAGCUGUGGAAAAGGGAGAUUCAAGCACAUUUGCGGAGCUAAUUUGGAGCAAUCCUCGUUAUCUUAUUGGAUCAGGAGACAACCCAACUGUGGUUCAGGAAGGAUGCCGAUACAAUGUUAUGCAUGUAGCUGCCAGAGAGAAUCAGGCUGGGAUCAGCCAGCUAUUACUUAAUACUUUGGAGAACCCCGAAUUUAUGAGGCUUAUGUAUCCUGAUGAUGAUGAUAGUAUGCUUCAGAAACGAAUUCAGUAUAUCGUUGACUUGUAUCUUAACACACCAGAUAAAAUGGCUUUUGACACUCCUUUGCAUUUUGCUUGCAAAUUUGGGAAUGUAGAGGUAGUCAAUAUGCUGUGUUCACAUCCUGACAUUAUAAAAAAUCCCAGGAACAAGUAUAAUCAGAUUCCAGAAGAGGUAAUAUGUGAAAGAAGCAAAAAUAAAUCUAUGGAGCUGAAAAUAAAGAUUAGAGAAUGUCUAAAAGGACAUUUUUAUGUACCUCUUCUUCGUGCAGAGGAUAACUCCUCAUUCCCAAUUAUUGGAGUUCCCUGGUCACCGGAACAGCCUGAUUUCUCUCAGUCCAAAUACUCUGUCAGUCCUAAAGAUCCUUUACUAGCAGUCAGAGCAUUUGCUGGACCAAUGAGUCCCUCAAAGGCUGAGGACUUUAGGAGAAUUUGGAAGACUCCACCACGGGAAAGGGCUGGAUUUUUUCACAAUGUCAGAAAGACUGAUCCAGAAAGAGGCGAGGAAAGAGUAGGGAGGGAACUGGCUCACGAGCUUGAUGUCCCUUGGGUGGAAUAUUGGGAGUUUUUAGGUUGUUUUGCUGAUCUUUCUUCCCAGGAAGGUUUGGGGAGGCUUGAGGAAUACCUGAGCAAGAAGGAGGUGAAUGAGAGAUUGCAAAUGGACCACGAUUAUGAAAUCUGCAACAGAUAUAGAACUCCAUCUCCAGCAGGAAGAAGUAAAAAGUUCUGCAAUUCUGUUUCUGUGGGAGCAUUCUUGGAGGAUGAUGAUGAAGACAUGAGUCUUGAAGAAAUAAAAAACAGACAGAAUGCAGCAUUGAAGAACAGCUCAUCUGUGGAGUCAAUCACAGCACCAGAAUGCAUCAUGGACACUACACCAAUACCCAGCAGUCCUCGUAAGGAAGGAUCCAAGCAUGGUUACUGCAGCCCUUUGAGCAGUGACUGCAGGCAUCAGCAGGAUUUUGAGCACAGGAUAUUAUCGCCUGUGUCCAACCUCUUAUCUGAGUUUGAAAAAUUGUCAUUGUCGGAACUGAACGAAGAUGGUGAGGGAUCUUCUCAUACUGAUUUGGCUGUGCACAGGCAAAGUAGAAUAAAUGCACACAUUGAAUCCAGUAGCUCACUGACCAGGACAGAAAGUUCAAGUGUGUUGCAGGCUGGUGAAGCCCUUUCCAACAUCAGCCUCACAGGCAAACUGUCUCUGGGAAACAGCAAUGAGCUGCCAUUCUCCAACUUCUGUUCUGAAUUUCCUGCUCCACAAGUAAUUAUGAAAACGCCAUCAAAACACCAAUGUGCUAAAGCAACAUUUCUACUUGGGAAAGAGCCUUCCAAGCUAGACAGUGAUGUUUUAGCAGCUGUAGAAAAGGUAGACAUUGAUGCUCAAAAGUACCCCAGUAUUUCCCGGUGGAUUAAAGAUGUUCGGUCUUACUCCAGUACAGAGCGACAGAGUUGGCCAAGCCCUGCUGUUUUAUUGGGAAAGAACAAGUCUCAAAUCUGUAGUUCUAACUCCCCGAGUGGCCUUGGCUUUUCCACUCCUGGACGGAGCAGCCCCAUUCCAGGGAGUCCUGGGAAAUAUGUGAACUCAUCUGAUUACAGCAGCCCAGGAAGGUACAGCCCAGCAUAUGCCAGCCACAUUCAGCUGCUGCGAAUACGUAAUUUCUCCGAUCACUCUUCCCUUUAGAAUGCACAUCUAUCCUUUCCUGUUUGUAAGCCCUGGCAAUCAACCUGGGGCCCGUUGACAAUUUGGAAGAAAGAUUUAACCGGAAUUUUUGUGGAUGUUUACCAAUCACAGCCAAGGCUCACAUCCAGCAUUUAAGAUAAUUGCUGUUUGUCUCCAGUAGCGGUGCUAGUUCUUGGAGCUGGCGCAUCACUGUGCACAAUGAUGCAAAGUCUGCUCUGACAGGUUCCAUUUAACAAAGUAUAA